AUGAGCUCCAGCUCCAAACCCACCUUCAUCAACACACAAACAGAGGUGUCGCCAGCUCCAGCAGAAGACCCUCGAGAAGAUCCACAGACAGCGACAAAAAUCACCGAGGAACCUCAGAUUGUGCACGAUGAAGAAGCGCAGAAUCUAUCGCGCGGUCUGCACCAACGUCAUACGCAGAUGAUUGCCAUUGCGGGGGCUAUCGGAACUGGUCUGUUUCUCGGUCUGGGGUCAUCAAUUCAAACUGGGGGACCGUUGGGUGCCCUCAUGGGAUACGCUCUUGUCGGAUUGGUGGUCUGCGCCGUACAGAUCGCCUUGGGUGAGGUGUCGGCGCUCAUGCCGGUCACGGGGUCGUUUGUGCGUCAUGUUGAGAUCCUGGGGGAUCCUGGAAUGGCAUUUGCAGUUGGGUGGAAUGUUGUGUAUGGAGCAUUUAUGUCGGUUCCGAGUGAGAUUUCCGCCGCGGUGGUGCUCAUUCAGUAUUGGACGCUGGAUGUGAACCCAGCAGUCUGGAUCACCGUGCUGAUUCUGAUGUCGGCGUCUGUGGCGCUGCUGUCUGUGCGGGUCUACGGCGAGGUGGAAUUCAGUCUGGCCCUCGUGAAAGUUCUUCUGGUGAUUGGCAUUAUCCUUAUGGGUCUGGUGAUUGAUCUCGGUGGUGUCAAGGGUCAGCCCCGAUUGGGGUUCCGGUAUUGGAAGGAACCCGGGCCCUUUGUCGAGUAUAUCGCUACCGGAACAUGGGGUCGGUUCCUGGGGUUCUGGGCAGUUAUGACCAACGCCGUGUACUCGUUUUCCGGAGUGGAAAGUCUAGCGAUGGCUGCGGCGGAAAUGCGGAAUCCGCGACGGAACAUCCCACGGGCAUGCAAGAGGGUGUUUGUGCGCAUCACAUUGUUCUACUUCCUGGCGGUGCUGAUCGUGGGCAUGCUGGUUCGGAGCGAUGACCCACAUCUGGGCGACCAGUCGGGGACGGCCACGCAGAGUCCGUUCGUGAUUGCGGCAGUGCGCGCCGGCAUUCAUGUCGUGCCGUCGAUUAUCAACGCAGGCGUGUUGAGCUCCGCCUGGUCGGCAUCCAAUCAGAGUAUUCUCGCAGGCACUCGCACGUUAUACGGAUUGGCGUUGAAGGGCCACGCCCCAAGGAUAUUCCUGCGGACGACCAACCGGGGGGUUCCAUAUAUGUGUUCUGCGCUGCAGAUUGCCAUCUCAUGUCUGUCGUAUCUCAGCUGCUCGAAUGGAGCGUAUACGGUGUUCAACUGGUUUCUGGCACUGACGUCUGCCGGGGUCCUCGUAUCGUGGUGUACAAUUGUCCUUAAUCAUAUCCGGAUGUUGUAUGCGUUCAAGGCGCAGCAGAUCUCUCCGAACAGGCUGCCGUGGCAUAAUUUUUGGUCCCGUAAGGAAAUGCCCUAUCCGACAGAUGAUAUUGGACUGACAGAUGUAGUGUAUACUUCGUGGUUCGCGCUCAUACUGUGCAUUGUUUUCCUGCUCACCGGUGGCUUCGCCGUGUUUACCAACGGCAAUUGGGAUCCGUCCGGAUUCGUUUCAUCCUAUCUGGAUAUACCGCUGGUAUUGGGCUUUUAUCUUGCGUAUAAAUUCUACCACAAAACCAAGUUCGUGUCAUUGCACGAUAUUCCCCUCCGGCAGGCACUCUAUGAAGCCGAUAACGACCCCGAGAAUGUGCCGAUUCGGACAAGCAAAUGGUCUCGAUUGAAUAUUUUGUGGGGAUAG